ACAAGCAUCGUUGUGAUAUGUUUUAUAAUGAUUUGGAUGUAAAAUUUCACAGUAUUUUUAACUUAUAUGUGAGGUAACUAUUGGAAUAAUAGAUCGGUGACAUCUAUAUGGAAAAUUGUUGUAAGAAAACAUGGAAUUGGCACAUUCCCUUCUGUUAAAUGAAGAAGCAUUGUCUAAGAUUCCAGACAACAAGAAGCCUGUGUUUGUGUUUGAAUGGCUUAGAUUUUUGGACAAGGUGCUUGUAGCUGCCCAGAAGUCUGAUAUUAAAGAAAAACAGAAACAAUUGGUAGCACAGCUAACCUCUCAAAUCAGUGAGUCUCCUGGUCCACCAACUAGAAAACUUCUGGCCCGGAACCUUGCUACAAUAUUCAGUGUUGGAGACACAUUUGACUUGUUUGAAACAUUAAAUAAAUGCAAUGAUGUCAUCAAAAAUCGAGAUGAUUCUCCAAGCUACCUUCCUACAAAGUUGGCAGCUAUUGCUUGCUUGGGUGCCAUGUAUGAAAAACUUGGAAGAAUGACAGGGAGGUCAUAUGAAGAGACAGUCCAAACCUUGAUCAAAUCACUGAAAAAUGCAGAGUCUCAAGGUCGUAGUGAGAUUAUGUCAACAUUAGAGAAGGUGAUAAAGGGAUUGGGGUCGGCAGGUAAUAGUACAUAUAAGGAUGUGUACAAGGCCACGAAACAGUGUAUGACAGACAGGUCCAUGGUGGUCAGAUUUGCUGCAGCCAAGUGCAUGCUACAACUGGUGAAUGAGGCUCCUUUCAUGUACACGAGUGAGUUGGAGACAGUUAGCUCCCUUUGUUUUCGAGCCUUAGAUGGCUCUAAUUAUGAUGUCAGGUGUGCUGUGGCGAAACUUCUGGGAAAUCUUAUGUCAAUGACCCAGAGUCCUAAGGCAGCCAGCACAGGUAAAGUUCAUUACAGAAACUCGUUAACUAAAUGGAAGCAACCCAAACUUGAAGAUGUGUUGAAUCUGUUGUCUGUUGGCUUUUUGAAAGGAGGGAUAGGGAGUGGAAAUAUCAAUAGAGAAAUUAGAGUGGGAGUCACACAUGCAUAUAUAGAGUUUGUGAAGUCCAUGGGUGGUCUGUGGCUGGAGAGAAAUAUUUCUGUGUUUCUGAACCACAUCUUUGAGCUAGUGGCCAACCCAAAGGCGACGCCUACCCAUGUGGAUGCCGUGUAUGCCAGGAAGUGUGUGCUGUUCAUCAUAAGAUCAGCCAUUGGAGGUUUAUUAGGAGAAAAAGCUCAAAUAGCAGCAGCCAAGGAGAUAUCACAAAUCAUUGUCAAGCAGAUGAAUAUUGUAGGUGAAGCUACAGUGGAUUCUGAUGGAAGAUCCUCCAGUGCUGAUAUAGCAGGUAGCCAGCAUGUUUUGGUGUGUGCUUUACAUGAACUAGGCAGUCUUGUGUUAAGACUGGGGACCUCGGCCAGUCCAUUAGUAGCUGAACCAGCCACAGGUAUCAUAGAACCAGUAGUAUCAGUGUUGAUUCACCCAAGCCAUGCUGCUCGGCUGUCUGCCUCAUGGUGCUUAGGGAGCAUUUCCAGGGCCCUACCCUCCCAACUGACUCCUCUACUUGACAGGUGUGUAGAGAGGAUGGACAAACUCAAGACCUCCCCAGAGGCAGUGUCUGGGUACAGCAGUGCCCUGGCUGCCCUCCUUGGAGGAGUGUAUCAGUGUCCUCUGGGUAUUCCUCAUGCCAAAGGCAAGCAACUAUUCAAUCUAUCAGAAGAAUUGUUAAGAACAGCAUCCCAGAACAGCCGCUUGUCUUUACAGAGGACCCAGUCUGGCUGGCUUCUCUUAGGAUCUCUUAUGACAUUAGGUCCAGCUGUGGUGAAGAAUCACUUACCCAGAAUGCUAUUGCUGUGGAAAAAUGCUUUCCCAAGAUCUCACAAAGAGUUGGAAGCCGAGAAACAGAGAGGGGAUUCCUUCACCUGGCAGGUGACACUAGAGGCACGAUCAGGGGCUUUAGGAGCCAUGAAUAGUUUUCUGCAGCACUGUCGUGACCUUGUGACAGAAGAUGUCAUCCGUCGCCUGCUGGCUCCACUCAAAUGUGCUCUUCUUAUGUUUGCACAAUUGCCCUGGGUGAUUAAGCAGUAUGGUACACACCUGAAAGCCAGUGCUGCUAUGGUUAGACUAAGAUUGUAUGAUGUUCUGUCCCAACUCCCUCCAGAAUCAUUUGAAGGAACUUACACUGACUUGUUGAGAGAGCUGGUUGCAGAGUUUACACUGACAGACAACCCAGCCAACACCACAACCUCCUUAUUGAGGGCCAUGUGUCAUGUGGAUGACAGUGUCAUUCUGGGAUCCUGGCUUCAGGAGACAGACCACAAAGCUAUUGAAGAUCAGUUUGAACCCAAUCGUAAAGUUGAUAAAGAGGUAUUGCAACCUAACAGUGCCUCUGGGUCUGGAGCCUUAGAACAUGACUCACAAUCUUUGUAUGCCAGAUGUCCAACAAGUGAUCCUAUCCCUGGUCCCCUCCCCCUCGGUGUGGCUGUGAUUGACAGUUCAGUGCGACUUUACGGUUUGGUCUUCCCUCGAGUAGCACACAAACACAGACUUCAGAUGUUACAGCAUUUCAUCGAAUGCAUCAAACAAGCCAAGUCGGUUAGACAACAGGCUGUACAGAUGAACAUCUUCACUGCUGUUCUCUGUGCUUUAAAGAAUCUGUCAGAUGCAAAAGAAAACCUUGGUCCUGAUGAAGUAAAGAAGUCUGCCUUUAAUCUUAUUAUGGGUGCACUGAGCAGCACCAACCCUAUUCUGCGUUGUGCAGCAGGUGAAGCACUGGGUCGAAUGGCACAGGUCGUGGGUGACAGUCGCUUCAUUGCAGACAUGGCACAGUACAGCUUUAAUAGCCUGAAGUCAGCUCGAGAUGUAAUCAACAGAACCGGCCACUCCUUAGCCCUCGGCUGUUUACAUAGAUAUGUUGGAGGGAUGGGGUCAGGACAACACCUUAACACCAGUGUCAGUAUUGUACUGGCUCUGGCCCAGGACUCCAACUCACCUGUUGUACAGGUGUGGGCCCUACAUGCCCUGGGACUGAUAGCUGACUCGGGAGGCCCCAUGUUCAGAAGCUAUGUGGAGCCUACCCUCUCCCUGGUCCUACAGCUUUUACUGUCUGUCCCUCCAUCCACUGUUGACGUCCAUCAAUGCCUAGGAAAAUGUCUGUCUGCUCUCAUCACAUCACUGGGACCUGAGUUACAAGGUAACAGUGGAUCUAUAGCCACAGCCAGGCUCUACUGUAUGGUGUGCUGUGCUAUAAUGCAGGAUCACCCUGACUCCCUGGUCCAGGCUGAAGCCAUCACUUGUCUACAGCAGCUACAUAUGUUUGCUCCCCGCCAUGUCAACCUCACCUCACUGGUACCUCAUCUCUGUGCUACAUUGACUAGUUCACACCUCCUCCUCCGUCGAGCUGCCGUGGGCUGUCUACGUCAGCUGGUGAACAGAGAGGCAGGAGAAGUCAGUGACCAGGCCUUGACCCUGGCGGGAGAUGGCAGUAAUGAGGACUCCAUCAUCACGGAGACAGGCCUGGAGGGUCUGCUGUUUGGAAUGAUGGACACAGAGAAUGAUGGAAAACUGAUCUCUGAUGUCCAGGACACCCUUAUCAGUCUGCUUCAGUCCCUGGCUACUCAAAACCUCACAAGGUGGCUGAAGUUACUUAAAGGUGUCUUGUCAGCUUCCAGUGACACCAGUAGCAGUGGGCCACUAGAGAGUGCUCCAGACAACAAAGAGAAGGAUGAUGAUGAUGACGACGAAGAGGAAGAUGCAGGAUUAGAGUUCAAGGCCAGUGCUCCAGAUGUCACCCAUCCAACUGUGGCACCAAGGUGGCCAACUAGAGUGUUUGCUACAGAGUGUCUACAGAAAAUUCUCCUGGCCUGUGAAGGAAUACAAGCACACUUUGACCUUGAACUAGCUAGAGAAAUAAAACUGAAAACCAGUAACGAAAACUUCCUGGUUUUACAUCUUUCUGAGCUUGUCAGAAUGGCCUUCAUCGCAGCAACAUCAGACAGUAACCAGCUUCGUCUAGCUGGUCUGUCAGCUUUGCAGGAUAUCAUCACAAAGUUUGCAUCAGUUCCAGAACCAGAAUUUCCUGGUCAUGUGAUUCUAGAGCAGUUCCAGGCACAGGUUAGUGCAGCCCUCCGUCCAGCUUUUUCACCUGACACUUCAUCAGAUGUCACAGCAGCUGCAUGUGAUGUUUGCAGUACAUGGAUAGGCAGUGGAGUAGCUCGUGACCUCAAUGACCUUCGUCGAGUACAUCAGUUGCUGGUGUCCUCCCUAGCAAAAUUGAAUGCAGGAAAAUCCCAGUCUCCUUUGUACAAUGAGAGUGCUGUUACCAUGGAAAAAUUAGCUGUACUGGGAGCCUGGGCAGAGGUGUAUAUUGUGGCAGUAGAAAGGGAGCAUGAAAAGGAAACUAAACCCCAGAGGGAGGAGGAGGAAUACGGAGAGAGUUCCAGGGAGAGUCUGUUGUCCCUGGUACAGCCAGAACUCCCCACCCUCAGUCAAAACUGGUUAGGAGCCCUCAGAGACUAUGCAUAUCUCUCCCUCCCAACAGAAUAUUCUAGUCAGCUGCCAUCAGACGGUGGAACUUUCUACCACCCAGACACUAUAGACAGUGCUAAACCUCACUACAAAAAGCGCUGGACUCCAAUCCUUCAUGCUUUGGCCAUCUGGCUACAUGAGACAGGCUUUUCUGUCGGAGAGAUGAACAAAGAGAGUGAUAAGAACUCCAGUGUUCCAGCUAAUGCCCCCGCUAACAUGAAGAGGGAUGAGAUCAACUCAGACAGACUGUAUCUUAUCCUUGGUAUCUGUGUUGAAGCCCUGUCCAAUCCUCAAACUGUUCUGACAACACAUGCUGUCAAUGGCAUUCUGAAAGCACUGGCUGCAGUUCUGAGUUCUGACUGGCCAAAACAACAAAUAGGGGCAGACCCAAUCCUGUCCAAGGAAGUUCUGAAUGUGAUGCACAGAGUAUUCCUGACACAGGAAAAUGUGUACACUCAGCUGUUAGCUGUCAAAGUGGUCAAAGCUGUGUUGUUAGCUGGUAAAGAUUGCCUUCAGCAAGACAGGACAAAAUUCAAAGAAAAAGAAUUGGAAACUCCAACAAGUACUAGCUCUGAGUCUGAGGAUACAUCUGACAGUGGCUCCAUGGGAGAUGGAGGGGAGGAGGGGGACAUUAUUCCAGAGAAAUCUGUGGUGUACGCAGCAUUAGAGGUGUGCCUGUGUGUGAUAUCUAGACAGAUUCCAGCCCUUAAUCCAUCAGCUCCCAGCACAGGAUUCCAAGUCCCAACAAGACUCACUAAAAUGUCAGAGGAAAACUGUUCACUGGUAGCUUCCAUUGUGCUUAUUCUUGCAGACCUUCCUAAUAUGUGUUCCAAAAAUGGUUCCACUUCAGUACUUCCUACAAUUCUCUUCCUCAUCACUGGUGUUUUACGAGAGAUGUCUAAUAAAGGUGCUGAGAGGAAGUCCCCCGUUGUGGUACAGGCCUGUCUAACAGCUCUCCGUACUCUGUGCUCUUCCUCGUUUUUGGAGGAUGAAGAUGUAGGAAGUAAAUGGAGGGAACUUCUCAGAAGUGCUCUAGUUACUGUGCUUCAAAAUGCCAAGCCGAGUGAUGAUAAGCCUGGUAUGGAUGAAGUGACCCUGCUUGCCACAGUUACGAUGUUUUUGGUUUGGGGUCCAAAGGAGAUAGCACAGACUCCCUCAAUUCAGAAGCAGUGUGUCACUAUGUUCAAGGAUUGCUGGGAAUCCAAACUUCCAGAGGUUCAGCUGAAGUGUUUACAGAUGUUUACCUCUGUGAUACAAAAACUGGACACCAAAGAUGCAACACCCUACAUACGUGGGGUAGCUGCCAAGUUCUUAGAAUAUUUACUCAUAUUAAAAGAUGAUAAAUCUGGUCUUGAUUCCCAGCAGGCACUGGUGACUGCCUCUCUGAACUUUGCAGAAGUAUUGGUAGCCAAAGCCGAAGAUGACAAAAGACUGACCCUGCUUUCUUUGUUACUUCCUGUAUUAGUAUCUUUCCUGGUGGAUGAGAAGAAAUACUCAUCUGUUUCUAAACCUACACAAGCUAUCCAUGAUGACUGUUUACAAAGACUAGUCAAAAUAGGACCCCUAUAUCCAGAACAGUUUAAGAAUAUUAUGAUGUCACAUGCUGACCUUAAAUUAAAAUUAGGACUGGCGAUCAAACACAGCCAGACUCAGCUUUCUACUCAGAAGAAGAAAGAAGAGGCAGCAGCGAAUCAACAGAAAAUAAGCCAGCUGCCAGCCAAACCUACCAUAGCAUUGAAAACAAAUUUCGGAAAUUUCGCUGCAAGUUGACAGUGAUGUGUUUUCAUUGUUGAAUGAGCUGUGAUAGUGCAAUUUUUAAAAAUAUAUACAUCCCAAUAUUUCCACUUUGGGAUACCUGUUAUACAUGUAUUUGUUAUCAAGUGUGUUCAAGGAAAGUGAGUGUUUAGUGAAGUUUUUUAUGUGUUUAUUGAAAAGGUACUUUAAAUAUUUAAUUAGUUUAAAUAUUGUAGUGUUUGAGGUUUCAGAACCCAUAUUUUUUUAAUAUUCUGUAAUGUCAAACAUCACUUAUUUACCAGGGUAAAAAAUGUAAUAAUUUCUGAUAAAAAGAAUGGAAUCGGAAGUAUUUUCCUUCUGUGAAAAAUACAACUUCACCGGAGACCUUUUUUGUCCUAAUCAACAUUUUAUAAAUGGCAUUUAAGACUAUUAAUCUUCAGUUGUAUCUUCUGCUUACAAAUAUAAAAAUGAGAGAUAUUUUUUGCAGGCUAUUUUAGUGAGUACUAAAGGCAUAUUUAUAAAAUUGCUGUACUGAGUACAUAUUUUCAUACUUACUUUGUAAUCAGAUGGAGAAAUGUUUGUACUGAAAUGAGUGUGGGUUUUUUUUAAGUCAAACUUAAUCAGACACAGUGUAAAAUAUAUUCAGAAUGAAGUCAAAAAUACAUGUACAUUCAUGUAAUUAUGUUUUAAAAUUCAGCCAUGUAUUUGUAAUCAAAAUUUAUUCUCAAAGUGAAAAUUGUAAUAUAUACCUAUACUUUUUUUAAUUUAAAACUCAAACAAUGAAGGAUAGAAUACAAAUAUAUUCUUGGUAAAAAAAAAAAUGCUUUGCAAUUUUUUAAAAAUAAAAAUGGUAUCAAAUAUCAAAAUGAUAAA